UGGGGCUCUCGCCCAGACCCACCUUGGGCCGACAAGCUCGAGCUGGAUUGGGAGGGAGGGAAGAGGAAGCUGAGCGCUCGUGGGGCGGAGGACGCCUCUAAGGGUAUCCGCGGUCAUUUUCAUUUCCCAAGGGCAGCGCAGCUCUGGCUGAGCGAGGACAGGGCAGGGGAGCGGGUUGCGAGGCCUCUCGGUUCUCGAACCUUUGCGAUCUUCGACUGCACCCACCACAAUCCCCCCCACCCCACCUCUAGCGCCUCCUGCAGCCCGGGGAGGGGCGGGGGCUGCUUGGCCAGGUGGAGGGAACGAAGAGGUCCAGGUGUAGUGAGGCCCUGGUGCCCCAGCGCAGAGCCCGCCUCGGCCUCCGCAGCCAGAUCUGGACAUCGGGUGCUAACCGAGCUCUCCAGAGGGCUUUGGGGACUGGCGGUGGCUGGGUCGGGGUUGGGAAGGCGAGACCUUGGGGCUGCAGACACGGAACCGUGGGCCGAAAGAGGGAAGUAACGGGAAACGACGGGGACGACGUCAAGGGGCGGGGCCGGCGAGCGAGGCUGGGGGGCAGAGUGGGAGACCCGGGCAAAGACCGGCCACCUGAGCUGGGUGUGGGACUGCAGCACAGAGCUUCCGAUCGAUCGGGGAAGGCGCGUUAAUGAGAGUCAACAGUUGCUGGAGCUUGAGCCUUACCCCUUGUUCCCUUUCCCAGCACCGGCCCCUCUUCCAGAGUGCUGGUAGCUCCUCCUUGCACCUGCCCAAAGGUCUCAGACAGAGGGCAAUGCCAGGAAGCUGGUAAAGGCUUUCUUCUCCUCCACCAUGGUUGACGACGUUCAAUAUGAAGUGGCCUCCCAGCAUGAGAGGGACGCCACCCCCUUGGCCAAUGAGGCCAGCCCCAAGUCGGAGCAGGUGAAGCUGAAGAAGGAGAUCUCGCUGCUGAAUGGCGUGUGCCUGAUUGUGGGGAACAUGAUUGGUUCGGGCAUCUUUGUCUCCCCCAAAGGCGUGCUCAUCUACAGUGCCUCCUUUGGCCUCUCCCUGGUCAUCUGGGCAAUCGGGGGCCUCUUCUCUGUCUUCGGUGCACUUUGUUAUGCAGAACUGGGCACCACCAUUAAGAAAUCUGGGGCCAGCUACGCCUACAUCCUUGAGGCCUUUGGGGAACUCCUUGCCUUCGUCCGUCUCUGGACCUCGCUCCUCAUCAUCGAGCCCACCAGCCAGGCCGUCAUCGCCAUCACCUUUGCCAACUACCUGGUGCAGCCCAUCUUCCCAAACUGCUUGGCCCCCUAUGCUGCUGUCCGCUUGCUGGCUGCUGCCUGCAUCUGUCUCUUAACCUUCAUUAACUGUGCCUAUGUCAAGUGGGGAACCCUGGUACAAGAUGUUUUCACCUACGCUAAAGUAUUGGCACUGAUCGCCAUCAUCAUCGCAGGCAUUGUUAGACUUGGCCAGGGAGCCUCGACUCACUUUGAAAAUUCCUUUGAGGGUUCAUCAUUUUCAGUGGGUGACAUUGCUCUGGCACUGUACUCGGCUCUGUUCUCCUAUUCUGGCUGGGACACCCUCAACUAUGUCACUGAAGAGAUCCAGAACCCUGAGAGGAAUCUGCCCCUCUCCAUUGGCAUCUCCAUGCCCAUUGUCACCAUCAUAUACAUCUUGACCAAUGUGGCCUAUUAUACUGUGCUCAACAUGAGGGACAUCCUGGCAAGCGAUGCUGUUGCUGUGACUUUUGCAGACCAGAUUUUUGGAAUAUUCAAUUGGACCAUUCCGUUAGCGGUUGCAUUAUCCUGCUUUGGUGGCCUCAAUGCCUCCAUCGUGGCUGCGUCUAGGCUUUUCUUUGUGGGCUCAAGAGAAGGCCAUCUCCCUGAUACCAUCUGCAUGAUUCAUGUGGAGCGGUUCACACCAGUGUCAGCUCUUCUCUUCAAUGGUCUCAUGGCGUUGAUCUAUUUGUGUGUGGAGGACAUCUUUAAGCUCAUUAACUACUACAGCUUCAGCUACUGGUUCUUCGUGGGGCUCUCUAUUGUGGGUCAGCUUUAUCUGCGCUGGAAGGAGCCCGACAGGCCUCGUCCUCUCAAGCUCAGCCUGUUCUUCCCCAUUGUCUUCUGCCUCUGCACCGUCUUCCUGGUGGCUGUUCCACUCUACAGUGAUACCAUCAAUUCCCUCAUCGGCAUUGGCAUUGCUCUCUCAGGCUUGCCCUUUUACUUCUUCAUCGUCAGAGUGCCAGAACACAAACGACCUCUUUGGCUCCGCAGGAUUGUGGCCUCUGUCACGUGGUACCUCCAGGUCCUAUGUAUGUCAGUUGCUGCAGAGAUGGAUUUGGAAGAUGGAGGACAGCAGUCCAAGCAACAGGAUCCCAAGUCUAAAUAACCACAAGAAAUUUCGAGAUGUGGAAAGCAGGGGCUUCUAUCUCCUGCUGGCUGGAGGCAAGGAAGUUGAAAAGGAAAGCUCACUUCUUUGGAGGCCUCGUAGGCAGCUUCAGCAACCUCUGAACUUGCUUUCUGAGAGAUGGAGAGUAAUUUAUUUGUUUUGCUACAUAUUAUUCCUGGUUUCUUUUAAAGGGACAUAAAGCAGACUGUGAUGGGAAGCAUGCUAGGUGUGAGCUUGGAUGUUCCAGUGGCACGUUCCCAUGUGUUAAGAUAUCCACUCACCUCCAGUGUGCCUGCCCACUCCUCUUCCACUGGAAAAUCCAACAAUGCUUUAACUUCCUGUCUCCUUUAGAGACAUGAAACUGUCACAGGUGCUAGACAAUAAAAGGGUAUGCUUCUAAA